AUGAUGGCCCUGUUCAAUAAGCUGCUGUUCAAUAAGAAACGAAAUACUAGCUCAUCGUCACAGAAAACGAACCCCGGUCAGUUCCCGUUCAACGCCGAUCAGGUACGAAUUUUGGUAUUCAAGGAGUGCGACAUUCUAGGCAGGAAGUUACUGUUCGACUCCAACACGCUUGAGAAAGUCUCGUCCGAUUGCAACAGUGCAGCUGCUGCGGCGGCGUUUGCCAGUGAUCUUCAUCCUCCAUCGGUGCCACAAGUCCAGAAAUGUGAGCACUGUAACGUGGUGUAUCGCGUACGGAAGCCCAACGAUCCUCGCAAUGACGCGAUCGUUAAGACCGAGAUCAAGCAGUUCGAAGAGAUGGUCUUCGGAUCGGCUCCGAUCGCGUUCCGUGGCAGCAGCUUCAAGGUGCACUGGAUGAAAGCUCCAAAGACGUUGAUGUGCUCGCUCGUUUUCCCCACACCGGUGUACAGUGGCACUAAGAAGUCAUCCGUCUCCACGUAUCCUGGAUCGGAUGUAGUCAUCAAUGGCGGUAGUUCAGGCAUUGGAGGUGUUGGAAGUGGUAUUGGUGGCAUCGAUUAUAACCCCUCUGUGAGCGAUCUCAGCUCGAUCGGGACGGGAUCGCUGCACUCCUUUACGGUGACGUCGUCCACAGCCACACAGCAUGAUCCAUCGAUGUUACACCGGUUACGACCGGUGCUUCCGCCCGAGUUCUGCAACUUCGAUCGGUUUGCUGAUCUUCGGCAUUCCUCUAACAGUGGCGUUGAUUCCGGGUACGGUGGUACGGAUCCGUGGGGUCUUUCCGGUUCGGGUUCGUCCCGACAUCCAGCUUCGUCCUCGCACCGCAGCAGCCUGUCCUCGAUCUACAGUGACUUCGAUUGCAUCAGGCGGCUAAGCGCGGAUAACUUCAGCAUGGACAUUCCACCAUCACCGAUCUGCAUUAGCCUUGAAGAUUGCCAUUCGUACGGGAGCUUCCAUCGUCGUGUGUCGAAAAACAUGUUGACUUCUUUCGAAAACCCGCACUCGAUCGCGGAUCACGUCGGUCAUCUGGAUGAGCUGGGACCAAUGAUGUCGGCCAGUGUGGGGCAACACCCGACGAAUGUGGCCGCCAGCGAUGGUUGCGUAACGUCCCGAAACAGGCGUAACAGCGAAACGAUGGAACUGAACCGGCGGAAAGCCUUCAGCGGAGAGUUGCUGUCGACUGCGACAAACUACCAGGGAAAGGCACCGAGUAAACGGCAACGACUGGGUUUGGCCGUUUGCAUCAAACUAAACGAUGCCAUGCUGCAGGAUACGGAUACCUUUUGUUCGGAGCAUAUGACGGUGUUCGAGUCAAUCCUGUGCCGUGUGCGGGUAGCUGUUGAGAAGGCGUUUAUCAAAUGGCGGUUCUUCUUGCAGAUUAUGCUAGGAGCCUGGCAUUCGACGCAGCAGUGGCUAGGUGAUCUCUUUAUGGCACCACGGUUGAACAAUCCCGUAUGGUUGACGCUUAGCAGCAGUUCGUUGACUGAUCGGAAUUUAGCUUCACUUGCAAGCUCGUUUAUGAAUGAUCUCUCCUCCUUGCUGUCGUUGGCCGACACGAAAGACACCAACUUUUUCAUCAGCACCAUGAUAACGGCUGUUCUUACGCACCAUCUCGGAUGGGUGGGAACGAUCGCUGCCAUGACGGCUAGCGAUGAUUCGUCGCCCAGCAGCAAGCUGGAUCUUAUACGGCGGGAAAAGGUGCGCAUGAACGAAAUCACCGCCAACCACCCGUACAGUGUGCUCUGGGCGCAGCUUGGUGAUCUCUACGGAGCGGUUGGAUACCCAACGAAGCUCUCGAAAACGAUCAUCUGCGGUAGCUCGCAGCUAAGCAACAUGUUGGAGAAAAUUCUGAACGUGCUGUCGUACUUUAUACGCUGCUCGGAGAUCAAGCGCACCGUGUACGUGGAAUCGUUCGAUGAGGCAAACGUGCGGACUGCUUUCAUUUCGCAGCGCUGUGUGCCCGGAACUUCCGGUCAGAUUCCGGAGUCGGGUGUCGUCUCGACGGGAGUCUCCGAGCUGCCGACUAAAAACACCAAGCUGUCAGUUGUUGCCUCUGCGAUGGAAUUUGUCGAACCGCAGAGUCAGCUUCCCCGUUCGGCAUCCUCGGGAAUGAUACGGUCGGCAACGAGAAUGAAGGAUCUCGCUUCGUUAGCACAGGGCAGUGCGGGUGAGCUUUCCCAGCCGCAAGCCUCCGGUGAAGCGGUAGCCAUCCAGAGCAGUGAAGAGGUACAGAGGGCGAUGAAGAAAAACGUAAUGAACGACAUUCCAAAUGUGCUGGUGUACCGGGACUCGCGUUUCGUGCGCCAGGAGCUCCGGAUAGGCAACAAAAGCAUGGACACGGGCAUCGUGAUGAACGCACGGGAGAAGCAAUACCUGGAAGCACGAUAUCAGAUAGGUAAGGUGGCAAUUCUGCAGCAACCGACCGCCACGGAUCUGGAGCUUGCACAGGAAGCACUGGUGUUCGAAGCGAACGAGCAUCGCACAGGGAAUAACGCGGAUGAUCGAGAGUCCAUACGGUUGUCCUAUCUCAUCACAGAGAAUAGCCUGGGACAGGUGGGAUCGUCGGAGGUAACCGAACCGCAACAGGUAACCGAACCGCGACUGAUAUGGGGUGUGGAGAAAAUGAAGGAAGGCAUGACUUUCGAGCAGCUGAAGUACAUCAGUCUUCUUCGGGGUGAUUAUGCCGCGAAGGACACCACCAGCGAUAUGAUGGCCGACGAGUCGAAGAGCAGCAACAACGAGGUCGUGUUUGUGCUCGGUGAGGACGAGAUGCUGAAGGACAUUCAUCGUAAAACGGGCCAGGAAGCUGGUUUGAAACCAUUUGGAAUCGUGCAACCGUUGAAACACUGUUGUCGGCAAAAGUUUAACAGCUUCGACAAGUACAGACAGAUCGCUGCCAAGUUUCUGAAGAGUCGCAACCUGCCCGAUUACCAUCUGCUCGAAAGAUCGAAAGCGCACAUGCUCGAGGACGCUAGAACCCCGCUGGCGACUAUUUCCGUCGGUGUUGUGGACCAAACCGCAACUGGUGGUUCGUCCGAGUGUGCAAUGUGUCAUCAAAUACCGACGGUUUUCCACUUGCAAACUCCAACCAACGCCUCGGAGAUGGAAUUUGCGGGUGAAGUUGCCGAUGCCAUACAUGGUUAUGCCGAUCAGAUGUCCGGAGAUGACGAUAGAGUGGCUGUAUCAGACAAUGGUGGCACUGGCAACAUGGUUGCCCAAACAUCAGGGUUACUGAGGCGCGAACACAUUCCUCUUAUUGUACUUCCCGCACACCCGAUGGCGACGCUGGAUGAGAACGAUGAACUUCGGGCGAAACAUCCGGGCAGUAUUUUGAAGCUGAUCGACAUCCCAUUUCCCCGGGGGAUGCGAACAGCGAACGCUGGUCAUGGUAGUGACGAGAAUAACAACACAAACGGAGCAGGUUCCGGUUGUUCCGGUGGCGGGAGUGGCAUCAACAACACCAGUGGAGGUACGAGCAGUAGCAGCUGUAGCGGAGCAAGUGGAAUAGGCCACCACCAUCAGUCGAUGGACACUGGCGCGACCGGUGGAGAUAAGACUGAUAAGCGAUGCUUUCGGACAGGCUUCAUGCCGUCAUUGUUCAGCCGUAUUACCGACCACUACAUGCCGGAUAUGGUCCUGCAAGCGACGACUGCUCCACCCGGCACGUGGGAGACGACUCUGAAGCGGGAUCUCAGCUUUGCCGCACGGUACACGCUGUACGAGCAACAUCUCACGGAGAACAACGCCAUCAUUGCGAAUCUGGAUACGCACGAGGUACGGUUGCUGUCAUCGCAAUCGCUCGUAGACGGCGAUAUCAUCGGAAUGUCGCAGCUGGUCGCAUCCAUGCUGGAAGCGGUCAAUGCGAUGUGGUCGGCUGGAAUUUCGGCGUAUCAGUGCAUGGCGUUUAUUGAGUCGAAGCUGCGCGAGCUGUACCUGCAGUCGGAAACGAUCGCCAGCAUUAUGCUGGCGACGGACUUCUGCUCCAUGAACUCGAUCACCACCGCCAUGGAUAUCACUGCCAACGAUAUGGAGCUGCUGCUGUCGGUUGCAUCGGUGCAUACGCCGGAAGCCACCAAGCGGUACCGGGUGCUGCAGCGCUAA